AAAACGACUAUACUUCGUCCUUUCCCCUAUACGACGACGACGGCGACACGGUGAUGAAGGAUGACAACCAAGAUAGCGAGGAGUUCAACUCUCUAUCAAUACCAACUGCCCAGGCAGCGCCCAAUACCACAAUCCCAGCUUCUAUUGACUCAAUCUCAUCGUGGGUUCCACCAACAAUGCUGGAAUACAACUUCUCAGGAGCCUCGACCUCGUCUCAGAACAACAUGGUGCCAACCCUAGACAGUGGUAUCCACCCAUCCGCCCUUCAAUGGGGGGAACCAGCGCCUGCCUCACGUCCUAGCCCCUUCGCACCAAGGCCUAUUUCAGCACCAUUGCAAGCACUCUUUCUCCGAGUCGGCGUCAACCCCGCAACACGCCGCACCGAAAAAAAGGUCACCCUCUCAGAUAAUCAACUAGCCGAGGCCCGCCAACGCUGGGAAGAGCAAGUAGUCCAACAAUUCACUACACUUGAGGAGGAUACAGAGGACGAGAAGAAUUACCUCGAUACCUGGGACUUUGAAAACAGGCAGUUCCAGUGGCAGACAGAAGGCCUAUUUCUCUGCAGACUGAUGGAGAUCAAGGAGCAAGUGACAUUCAGGGAGGCGAAAAGCGCAUUCCAAGUCGCGAUAUUGAAGAAACCCUCAAAGCCCCAUUGGACGCAUCCCAAGGGGACGCGGCUCCCGCCCAGCUCGCUACGCAACGAGAUCAAGUGGGAAUCCACUCCGGAAAACGGCAAUGACACGAAGUCCGACAAACGAGAAGAUCAGUGAGUGGCAGGAAGUAUAUAAAGAUGGGAGUUCAAGGGCUACUAGCUGGGCUAUAGCCCGCGGCGGGGCAUCGUGCGGCGGAAAAGGGGGAGAGACUGGACCUGGCGACCUAAAAAGGGGUGAAAACCCACGUGGUUUCAUACCAUACUCUUUAUCGGGAAAGCAUGUAUUCAAAGGUGGAGGCGCGCGAGUUGAGAAGGCAGUUUGCAAUUUACUUUGGAUAUUAGACGUAAGGCACUUG